UGGACACACAAUCACGUGCUAUGUCUUGAAAAUUAGGCACCAAUCCUCUUAGCUUACUGUACUUCGAUUCUUUAGUAUUUAAUCUUGACACCUGAACGUUCCUUGAAACAAAGACAAGAGUUUGAUCUUCAAAAUAUUCCACACUGUGUACGGUUCAGCUCUCGGACGAACAAUCAUGGCACUGAACUCACCACCAGCGACACUCUCCUCCAACACCGCUACUACCCUUUCUCCAUUCAGCAUCCCAGUCAGAGACUACCUCAAGCUUAACCCGUCGAUGCACCACAUAGUUGCCGCCGCGCUCGUCUUCUCUCCCUCCACUCCGUAUCGUAUUCUCAUCGUUCAACGUGCGGCGAAUGACUUCAUGCCAAAUUGCUGGGAAAUCCCUGGAGGCUCCUGCGAUCUCGAUGAGUCAAUCCUCGCUGCUGCCGCCAGAGAGCUACAAGAAGAAAGCGGCUUGGUAGCUACGAAAGUGGUACAACAGGUGGGGCAACUUGGUGUAUGGUUAGACAAGGAAAAACUGUGGUGCAAAUAUAGUUUCGAGGUGGAGGUUGAGAGGGGUGAAGUCAAGUUGGACGAGGAGGAGCACCAGGCCUUCUUUUGGGCUACGGAAGAAGAAUGCAGGGAGGGAGUAGUGGUGAGGGAUGGAAAGAGCACGAAACUUGAGUGGACGAGAGGCGGAUCUCAGUUGGCAACGAUCUUAGAGGGAUUUCGUUUGAGAAGCCAGAGGAGUGAGGCUGAAUCAUGAAGUACUUAUGUGGAGGACCUGAAGCCCUUCACGUCUAGAGACUAAGAUGGAGCUGGCGAGAGAGAAACCAGAGACUACUUCCCUGGCAGCUAUCAAAAAUGCAAGACGUUCCUAGC